GUAUCUUGGUGGAUAUGUCAAGUUAUGAGGAGAGAAAUGAUGAUGACAACUUUUCUGCAGCAUCUGGAGAUGCAGUGCCUGCUGAUGAGAGCUCUUAUGCUCGAAGAUUAGAGAGAAAUGCUGCUGCUGGAUUCAACAAGGGACAUCUGUCCCAGGGAUUUCUGUCUCCAGGGGCAGAUAACUCUGAGGCUUGUCUCGAAUCUUUACCUUUGGAGCUUCUCAUGCACAUUUGUUCUUACCUGGAUGCAAUUAUAACAGACUCUUUAAGUCAUGUAAGCCAACCAUUUGAGGAUAUUCUCACUGUGGACAGUUACUGGAAAGCAAGGAUAUCAAGUCGCUGGCCAAAGAUAUACCCUGCUGUCCCAGUGGAGAGCUUUGAUUGGAAACAAGCAUGCAUAGAGAGAGAGGAAACCUACCGUAUUUGGUGUAAACCAGAGGAGCAUUUAGAACAGUUUUCAUAUGAUGUGGGUAUCUUUGCUCCAGUAGACUGUGUUCAUAUUCUCAAGGACCAGAAAAUAUUUGCAUCUGGCUCACGAGACCGCUACCUCAAUAUCGUUGAUGCAGACAAGCUGGAAUAUGGAAAUCCAGCCUCUAUGAAAGCUGCCAAUCUCCAUUCUGCUGUUGCUCACAAAGGUUGGAUAUGGUCUUUGGCUUCGCUGGAUGAUAUGCUGUGCACUGGAUCAUGGGAUACCUAUAUCAAACUCUGGGAUCUUCAAGCUGGCUGCUCCCUGGUCUCUCAGUUCAAGUGUAAUUCUGCCCUGUUAAAGCUCCACAUAGAGCCUGGACUGAUCAUGGCUGGGGGUUAUGACAAAUGCUUGUACAUGCUUGAUCCUCGGGAUGGAAAGAUCAAAAAGAGACGAUCUCAUCGACAGGCGGUCCUGUGCUUGGCAGUGGAUGACCACUUUAUUGUAACUGGUAGUGAAGAUAAAACACUGUGUAUCUUUGAUCGUCGGGCUGACACUGUAAUGAAAACCAUUCCCAUGGAAAGUUAUCCGAUGUGCCUAAGCUAUGGAGAAAACCAACUGUGGGUAGGAGACAAAACAGGCCUCAUCCAUCUGUUUGAUACGCACAGUGGUGCAUUUGAACUAGUCCAGACAUGUGACGUUGGACACAAGAAUAGAGUGACAGCGAUACAGCACACCACUGGGGCAAUGUUCACAUGCUCCACUGAUAAGACACUGAAGGUUUUAGAACCCAACCAAAACCCCGGUGUGAUUACAACCUUGCAAGGAGAGGGAGAACUGGCAGGACUUCAUUAUAAAAAUGGAAUCCUGGUCAGUGCUGGUGAUGGGAUUUCUGUAGGCGUGUGGAGACCAAAGGUCACCAAGGAAAUGCAGUCAUGUGACCAGUCAGAAACCAAUCAGGACCAAUCUCAUGACAAUGAUGACCAAUGAGAAAAUGUGCAAUCUGAGGAUGUUCCACAGAACAACAUUUCAACUUGAUGACAACUAAUUCUUAUGACAUUCAAGGAGCAAAGGCUGGUCAUCUUAAAAAAAUCUCAAAUUGAUACUAAAGCAACAUGUUAUUUUGAAAUCAUGCUAAUCUACUGUGAUAAUUUUUUUUAAAUUUCAAAAGUAUCAAAUAUAACUUAUAUCCAAAAUAACUUGUGGUGAAAUUAAAUUGUCAAUAAACAUAAUACACACAUUUGUGAAUUAUGAUUUAUGUAAUGAAAUGAGUCCUAUUGUGCCCUGUUAGUGUAACAUUCACAUGUGAUCUCAAUCUUGUAAAUUCAAAGUUAAAGUACUUUGCAAUUUCUUUAACUUUUGAUGGGUAAUGGUUUACACUAGUAAACUAAAUUUAUGAGCUGUUGGAUUCCAGACUAUUGUACAAAAAUUUAGUUGUUUUUCGAGUGAGUUCUUGACCUCUUGGCAGCCUAUAUAUUUUGACAAUAUUUAGCAGCAUUAGUAUGUCAGAUUUGGUGUUGUCAGAGAAGUUAAAUUUGUCAAAAAUAAAUUCUUGCCCAUUUUCUUCACAGUAAAUUCACUCUUUGAGAUUAUGUCAUGUAUGACAAGAAGGUAUACAUGUACAAGAAGUAUUUGUACAAGUACUAUAUAUUAUUUUCAUUGGCAAUAAGAAGGGAUUCUGUGUGUAUACAACAUUGAAAUUGAAAUGGUUUUUUACUGUCCAGAUAUGUGUUUGUUGCAGUUAUUUCCCUUGUUUGUUUUACAUCUACAGUGUCGGUGCAUUAUGUCAAGGUACGGCAUUCUUAAAAGGACAAUACUCUGUUGAAAUCUCCAACACAAAAGAAAAAAAAAACGGUUCACUUCAGUUAUUUAGAUUGUGUGUGUGAUAUAUAUUGUUAUUUACACACACAUAUAUAUAUAUAUAUGUUUUUUUCAUGUCUUUGAUUUUUUUCCAAUAAAUAUGUAGAUACCAAGGUUAUGGUGGUGGUUAUGUGGUUGUUACAUGAUGUCAAGCUGAAUAAGAUACAGAUUUGAUUUGUAUCACUCAGUUAAAAUUAUAUGCCAUUACAAAUUGGUUGAAACUGCUCAAAUUGAUCUGAAACUUUUCACGCUGUAGCCAUGUACAUUUGCCAUGUAUCAGUUCAGUAUGAUGAACGACUUUGAAUAAAACUUCAUAAAACUGUG